AUGUCGGCACUGGACCACGGCACGACCACGCUGGUGAUCAGGAGCAACGCCAAGAUUAACUACGAGGGCAUCCUGUUUAUGCUGAGCAAGUUCUGUGGCGGCACGCGGGCCUUUGACUUCGUGUACCUGCCAUGGCCAAAGCUGGCAGUGAUAAACUUCGUGACGCAGGAGCAAUGUGCAGCCGCACACCGCAUUCUCAGACAAAUGGUCAGCUCCGAGAGCAGUGGCCUUCGCUACGUGAAGCCGGCAAUCUUCCAAGGUUUGGGACCCAACUUGGCGCUCUUCUGCGCCAAGUCCGGCUACGAUGCCAUUCAAGACCCAGGUGCCCCGCGAAUUUUCAUCGCUGGAACUCCGGUACCGCUGAUGCUUGCAGUGAAUCUGUACGUCACGGCGGAGCUUCUGCAAAGAUCGAAGCACGACGGCAAGCAGUUCCGUGCCAUAGUGGUGCCGAGUCUCGGCAAGAAAGGCGUGGAGGCACGGCCGUUAAAGGGCGUGUGGGUGCAGCUUCUGGACAAGGGACUGCAGCCUGUGAUUGCGGCCAGGCCUCAGCCCCACGAAGCAGAAGGGGCGUCCAUCCCUGUGGUGGACGGGAUGAACUUCCUCAUGUGCAUGGUGUCUCGCUUGGCAUCCCCCGGGCUUCCGCGCUUCCGGGAGUUGAGCGAGAUGGUGAGAUACACAUUGACGGAACUGCUUCGGGCGUGUCCCGGGGCGAUGCUGCACUUCAUCUUCGACGGGCUCAAAGACGAGGAUGGCUACGACGCGAAGACUCCGGAAUCCUUGAGGCGCAAAGUCGACAAGCUGGGCGAGGCAGCGGAAGCUGUGGCAGCCUACAGCGAGUUUGGCUUCAGCCUGCGGGGGGGCACCAGCUCAACGACGCCUCUCCUGUCCCUGUUCUUCGAGGUCGUGCGUAGCCUGGAAGGUAGCCACCGCAUCUUCAGAGCACAGUCGCGCUCCACCGAUGCCGACGUUGCCGUUGCCCUCUAUGCGACCCGCCAGAACGCGGUCAUGUUGCUGUCAGAUGACUCAGACUUCCUCAUCAGCUUCGCAGGUGAGGGUUGCGUAUUGCUUGGCAGGUCGUUCCUGUUUCAGGAGGAUGGACUCCACGCCAAGACCUUGUCUGUGCAGGACAGGCUGCAGAGGCUUCGUGUGGAGAGCAUGGGCGAUGUGCGGCUUCUCGCCUGCAAGCUCGGCACGGACCUUACCCCCUCGGUUGAGGCAGAGCACGUAGACCUGAAAGGCGCUGCUUGGCAGGAGGCUGUGAAAAGCCUCCUGGACGAGAAGGCUGCAGACCUCUUCCUUCGACAGUAUGACCUGGAAGCCUACGACCACCAGCCAUGCGAGCAUGGCACAGACGCAUGGAGUUACAGGGGCAGGCUCGCCUGUGGGCUCACUUCGGUGUUUCCGCCUGGGCCGAUGGACCCUUUGACCAUGGACUUUCUUUACGAAGUUCGCCUGCGACCAAACGACGAGCCUGGCAGAGGUGAUGACCCUUUGGCUUCCCAGCGCUUGUUUCGCGCAUACUGUCAUGGGCAUCUAUCCAGUCAGAUCAUCUCCCUGCUGCAGUCCCAGCGCGCCUUCACCUCCUGUGAGCCUGCAGAUUUUGUUGGCUUUCUGGAUGGUAGGGAGCAGGACCUCCGGCCCGUACACGAGUUCAGUCGUGCUUGGAUCGCCCGUGUGGCAGCGUUGUUGAUGGGCGACCCUGACAUGGCAGACAGCUGGGAGGACGACGAGCGGGAUCUUCGGUUCCAGCACAUCGACUUCCACCGCGUCUCGCUCAUGGCCUUGAAGCGCAGCUGGGAUGCACGCAGGCCUGUGGCCCAGCUCGAGGCCCAGGCGAGAAGAGCUCAAAAGGAUAGGGAGCUGGUGCAGUGCAGCAGAGAUGCUGCCAAGGCAAAGCUCUGCCAAGAGCUGCACGUAGAGGAUCUCGAAGAGCGGGUGGUGCUUGAAGCUGCGAGGCUUCCCCAAUGGUUCUGGCAUGACGCGUGUGACCCGGAUGUGUGGUGCGCCCGCAAGUUCUUCUACCUCGUGACCGGACGAGACCUGAUGGACCUGCCGGAGAAGCACAGGGAUCUGGUGCGAAGCGCGCUGAUGCACAAGUGCCAUGGGGAGACGAACCUCAUCAGACUCUUCACUGUCACCUUAACGGCCGUCUCCGGCGAGCUCGUCGCAAACGAGCAUAUCCAGGACAUGCUGGAAGAUCUCUCUGCCUCGCGAUCCCAGGGCCUGCGCUUGGGUGAGAGUUUGCGGGGCUCCAACAACCCUGGCGAUCUACGCAGCCUCCUCAUUUUAGGUGGCCUCGCAUGGCGGAUGCUGUCCUGUCUGCAGGAUGCCUAUUGCCUGUUGGGCCACGAGGGCUCCCUCUUUCAGAGGCACUUGCGCUUUGACGGGGGUCCUGUCGUUCUUACUGAGGGCGGGCUCGUGAAGAAGGCAGCUCACGGCUACAUGAUCCGCUUGUACGGAAUGGAUGAUGAGCAGAUCAUCACGGCAGAUCAGGUCGACGUAGUGAGAAGCCUUCUGAAUCAAGCUGAUGCCACCAGCACGGUGUCUCGUGAUGGAGGCGGCUUCAAAGUUACUCACAUGAGCGGCAAGGCGGCUUUCAAGUUCCAUGGGCGCUGCGUGUUCCUGCAGGGGCUGCAGCCCUUCAAGCUGAAGGUGAAAGCCCUGGACUAG